CCGUGCACCGCCUCGCUUCCUCAACGCGAUACCCCUUCGACUUCUGCCGGUCUAGUACUGGCUUACCCCCCCCCCCCACUCAACCACCCACGAUCCACCAGAAUUACUCUGCCGCCCACAGCUUAUCACUACUCAAAAAAUAAUUCGCCCUCUCUUACUCCAAGCUGUGAAACCAACUUAUAUAGGUGCAGACGAAACUAUAUAUCACGAGAUGAUUCAACUAGUGUUGUUGAGGACGAUGAUCCAGCUGCUGCUGUUGUGUUGUUGCUGCUGCUGUGUUUCUGGUGCGGUUCCGUGCACGGGCACGGACGAGAUCCUCUGUGCCCACCACGACAAGUGCAUCAAACUACGAUUCGUGUGUGACAAAGACCGAGACUGUAGCGACCACUCCGACGAGGAUCAAGACCUUUGCGCGGCGUGGCGGAACGACUGCCUGCGCGGGGAGGUGCGGUGCCGGCGAGGUGAGGUAACUACCUGCAUCAGCGUCCCAGACUACUGCACCUCACAUGACCCUCCCUGUGAAGGUGACCUUGACCUGCGUCUCUGUCAGAUGCUGCACGACAAGAAGUUACAGCCUCUAAACAGCGUCGUACUCAAAGACUUCGGUCGUAAACAGACCAACCUGGAGAUGAGUGAGGAACAGGAGGAGCAGUUCCAGCAAGUGAUGAACCUGACGAUACAACACCCAGAGUGUCCGUUACUCUACACAUUGGUCGGCACCCACUGUCUCUCUCUCUUCUUCCCAGGAACUGUGGGCUGGGGUGAGGCUCGAGCCUUCUGCAGGCUCCUGGAUGGCGACCUCGUCACCUUAGAGGAUCUCACUAGCUACUACGAUCUCCUCCGUCACCUGCGACGAGCAGGGAUGACAACAGACUUCUGGGUUGGAGGCCGUUAUCUUAGCACCAGCGAUGGCUGGACAUGGCUAGGCAACACUCCCAUGGAUCUAGGGUCCCCUUACUGGGCCCUCAGGCACGGGACUACCUGCCAGAGUCGCAACGUUAGCUUCCUGGAGACGGGCGAGCCUCGUCCAGCUAACCCUGGCACCUGUUACCACUACCAGCAGGCACCCCACCAGGACCCCAGCGGCUGGUGCGCCGCCCUCACUUACCAACACUACUACUACAUCACAGACGAGGACUGCCUCUUGAAGAAGUCUCCCCUCUGUAUCUACACUAACGCCCAAGACCUCUCAGAGCACUUACUGCCAUAACCUAUUCCUCUUUAAGUAACCAGUGCAGUACACCAGCAUCUUAUGCAUCAUAAUGUUGCAUUAUCUAAAAGCUUUUUGUCAUAAAAUUUGCUAAUUUAGGGCAGUGGUAGUAUAGUAUUCUAAAUUAAAGCUAAUGAAAUAUGUA